GGUGCCCACAUCCAAGAUGGCGCUCCCAGGAGCUAGGAGCUGGUGACCGGCAGCGGGGGAAGCGGCCUGGGUCGGCCCUCCGAUUGUGGGGUCCUGGGGGCAUCUCGCCGGGUACCCCCUGGCCCGCCUACAAGGCCUGCCCCGGGCCAGAGCAAUGGCCGCCGAGAACAGCAAGCAGUUUUGGAAGAGGAGCGCCAAGCUGCCGGGGAGCAUCCAGCCUGUUUAUGGAGCACAGCACCCACCUCUGGACCCUCGGCUCACCAAAAACUUCAUUAAAGAGCGGUCAAAAGUAAAUGCAGUUCCCCUGAAGAAUAAGAAGGCCUCCAGUUUUCAUGAGUUUGCCCGGAAUACCAGUGAUGCCUGGGACAUUGGCGACGAUGAGGAAGAGGACUUUUCCUCCCCUUCCUUCCAAACUCUGAACUCAAAAGUUGCUUUGGCAACCGCAGCCCAAGUCCUCGAAAACCACAGCAAGCUGAGGGUGAAACCAGAGCGGUCCCAGUCAACAACAUCCGACCUCCCAGCCAGCUACAAGGUCAUAAAGUCCAGCAGCGAUGCCCAGCUGUCUAGAAACUCCAGUGAUACAUGCCUGAGGAACGCACUCCACAAACAGCAGUCACUCCCUCUCCGACCCAUCAUCCCCCUGGUUGCCCGCAUCUCAGACCAGAACGCCUCUGGGGCACCCCCAAUGACCGUCCGGGAGAAAACCCGCCUAGAAAAAUUCCGCCAGCUCCUCUCCAGCCACAACACUGACUUAGAUGAACUGAGGAAGUGUAGCUGGCCAGGGGUUCCCAGGGAGGUUCGCCCUGUGACCUGGAGACUCCUGUCGGGCUAUCUCCCAGCCAACACUGAGAGGAGGAAGCUGACCCUGCAGCGGAAGCGCGAGGAAUAUUUUGGCUUCAUUGAGCAGUAUUAUGACUCUCGAAAUGAGGAGCAUCACCAGGACACCUACAGACAGAUUCACAUUGACAUUCCAAGGACGAAUCCUCUCAUUCCAUUGUUCCAGCAACCACUUGUACAGGAGAUCUUCGAAAGAAUUCUAUUUAUUUGGGCCAUCCGACACCCUGCCAGUGGGUAUGUCCAGGGAAUUAAUGACCUGGUCACUCCGUUCUUUGUCGUCUUCCUCUCAGAAUAUGUGGAAGAGGAUGUGGAGAACUUUGAUGUGACCAAUUUGUCUCAGGACAUGCUGCGAAGCAUUGAAGCUGACAGCUUUUGGUGCAUGAGCAAGCUGCUGGAUGGAAUCCAAGAUAACUACACCUUUGCACAGCCUGGGAUCCAGAAGAAGGUGAAGGCACUGGAAGAGCUCGUCAGUCGGAUUGAUGAGCAGGUACAUAAUCACUUCAGGAGGUACGAGGUCGAAUACCUACAGUUUGCCUUUCGUUGGAUGAACAACCUGCUGAUGCGGGAACUUCCUCUCCGCUGCACCAUCCGCCUGUGGGACACGUACCAGUCGGAACCAGAAGGCUUCUCUCACUUUCACCUCUACGUGUGUGCAGCUUUCUUGAUCAAGUGGAGGAAAGAGAUCUUGGAUGAGGAGGACUUCCAGGGUCUCCUCAUGCUGUUACAAAACCUACCUACAAUACACUGGGGCAACGAAGAGAUCGGGCUGCUUCUCGCUGAGGCGUACAGACUUAAGUACAUGUUUGCCGACGCCCCUAAUCACUACCGGCGAUAGGUGCUGUCUCCCCACAAGGACCCAGACUGCCCGCAUCUCCGAUGGCAAUCUGAUCACGGCGGCCACUGUGCGAGCCCCGGCCAGGAACCAGUCCUGCUGUAAAAAGCUCACAUCCGCCACCCAAGUCUUAACUCUCUGGCGUGCCUGUCCACCACUCCAUGUCUCCGGAUGGGUCUCCUGGACCGCUGUCAGUAUUCCAUGCCACGGGGAUGGGCCCCACUCUGGGAGAGGACAGAAAAGGAGGUACAGGGUUGUCUGCCCCUUUAAAAGAAACUGGACAAAUGCAGGGAAGGCUCAGGGUCUUAACUCCCAUCGUCUCUCCGUGGACUGGCUGUCUCUUGCCUCCCAGCCCCAAAUGAUACUGUUGUGCUUUGUGACAUAGUUUGAUUCAAUCACAGGUCAAAAAACGCCUUAUGUUUUCAGAAGACUCUUGGCCCCUCCUCCCUCUCCCCAGCUCCCAACCCUUUCCCUCCUGCCCUAGUCUGAGCCAGUGAGGGGCAGCUUUCAGACCAUGGUUCUCAGAUGGGGGAGGCACCGAUGCUUUGAACUCUGGGAAGAGGCCUACACCCAAGGGCUAGGAAUUUUAUUUUUCCUUUUCUCACCAGCACGUGAGCGUGCAUUUGUGUGUGUGUGGAUGAGUACACACACCCAUCAGCAUUUACUUACACGUCUGAAUUUCUGUGUCCAGACUAGCCCCCUCUCAACCCGCUGGGAAGGGCCCCAGUGACCAAGUGUACACGCACCCCUUGAGAAAGGAUCAGGGCAGGGGCCGGAGAAGGGGCCUUUUACCUCUCCAAACCCUUUUUCCAUGACUACCCCACUCCAAGAUAUUAUUUGUAAAUUGUGUUAUUAUGUAUAUGGGUAAAGAUGUACAAAUAUAUGUCCUCUUUGUAGCAGAUAUGAUUUUAUAUUUAUAACGUGCAUCAACAUGUGAAAGCAAUCUAGGUCACUAGCACAGAUGAGGUUGCCAGGGAAGUGGCUUUGGUGCCUCCGGGUUGGUUUCUAGGUGCCCCCCCCCCCACGCCCCACGCCCAUGAGGGAAGUGAAUGGGAGCCUGCUAGAGUGAGUGUAGCUGAGCAGAUGGAGCUGCUCUGAAAACCAGUGGCAGCCAUCCCAAACAUCAGUGUCUCAGAGUGUUUUUCUCCUCCCCGUCCCUGGGCCUUUGUGGGGCAUCUGCCCUGCUCCCUCCCCAUCUCCAGCAGACAUUAUCCCCACCCUUCACCCCUAGCAGCCUCCCAGAGAGGACCACAGAGGCGAAGCCCUUCCUCAUGUUUUUAGCCCAUGCCUUUCCCUUGGAAUCGGUGGAGGGCUUUUGUUUCCACAUUUUUAAGUCAGCAUUAUAUUUAAGACAGAAACCAACUGUCAGUGCCAAGGAAAGGGGUUUCCUGUGUGCCCCUGAGGUUUGGGGCUCUUCUCAGAGAGAGGUAUUCGGUGCCCCCCACUGUCACCAUCAUACCCCACUCUCAGCUCAUGAGAUGUGUGACCCAUGUUCGAUUUUUGGUGUUUGGUAGUAGAGAAGUGGGGGAUGGCGGCAAGCAACUGUCAACUUCUUGGUAAGCCAAGCAGUGUCCCCAGCGGGUGACACCCUUGAGCCCCUGCCAGUGGAGCCCCAGCACGCAGGCAUGUUCAUUUCACAUCUGGAGCUGUUUCUCAGGCAUCUUCCCAACCCUGUCCCCUUCCCCUUCAGUGUGCCUCAGUGGUCUCCUCCACAGAGAGGGCUCGUGACCUGCCCUCAGCCGGACUGAAGAAAGACACUUGUGUUCCCAAGUGGUGGUUUUAUUUUUUUAGUUUUUAUGUUUGUAUGGGAAAUUGUGGAUAAAGUGAAAGAAUUGUAAAUAAAUAGUGUAUUUCCUCCUCCACUGCC